AUGCAGAAUAAGGUUGACGUUCUCUUCUGGGAUUUCUGCUCUUCUAUGUCCGGAAUGUUCUCGGCCGCGUUUCUUCAUCAAGGCACAAUCAUGUCAGACAAACUUGCUAACAGAAACUCUCUCACCGCCAAUCAGAAUAACCGCGACGACGAGUACUGUCCCUCUCCUCCGAAGGGCGUUGGAUGGAAGCCGUCCGAGUGCGGCGAACAAGAGAUAUCUUGA